AAUAACAACCAGCACCGUGGCUGUUUCAUCAGUAUCUGCUAAUGGGAUGUUUAAAAGAUGCUUAGGUGAGGAUGUGGCAGCGCCAGUGGAGGUGUAAGGCCUGGGAGAAUGAUAACCAGAAAUGCUUCAGGAUCAAAUCUGCUCCAUCUGUGUACACAGUACAGAUUUACAGUUAUUGAAACUAUAAUACCCUGGCAGGAACUAGUCAGAAUUACAGUUAUUAAAACUAAUACGCUGGCAGGAACUGGUCAGACACAUCCAUGGAACAAAAUCAGGAGGUGAAAAGUAGACCCCAGACUGUAAGAUUGGAUAAUGGCAGCAUCUCGGGGGAAAACACAGGACACUUAGUGAGUGUCAUUAGCAUACCUGGCUCACCUGGAAAGAAGUGAUGCUGAAUUGUAUGUUGUUCUACCAAAGUACAUCAUCCAAACCAAUAUAAAUUCUAGACCAAAACAUUUUAAACUCUUUAAAAGAUUCUUUAUUAUAGAGAAUUUCGGACCUAUAAAGAUAGCCAAAGACUAUAAUAAAUUCUCCACUUCACCACCCAGCUUCAACAGUGACUAGUCCAUUUAUGCUGGUUUAUUUUAUCUUUGUCCACACUCAUCUACCUUCUCCUUUACUAUUUGGAAGCAGAUCUCUAAAAUAUAUGCAGUUUUCUCCCCAUAAUCUUGGCAUCAUUAUUAUGUUUUAAAAAUAACAUUAACAACAUCAAUAGUGUUCAGAUUUCUAGUGUCUCUUUACUUAAUUGUUUCAGUUAGGGGACAAGUAAGAUAUAUACAUUGUGAUGUGUUGGCGUGUCUUGAGUCUCUAUUAACCUCUUUUAUUGUACCACAAUAUAUUUGUUAAAGAUACCCAGUCAUCUGUCCUGUGGAAUCUCCAUAGUCUGGGCUUUGCCAGUUGCUGUAUGUAUUGUCUGCUGCGGCAUCUUCUGUCGAUUUUGUAAAUCUAUACCCCAGAGCCUUGAGCAGGCUCAGAUCUGUCAGUUUGAUCUGGUCUGGUCUGUUCUGGUUCAUUUUAAUCUGGUCUAAUCUGGUCUGGGCAAAGCUGGUUCUAACUGGAGGGGCAUAAUAUCUGACUGACUGUUUUAUUGUGCUGUUAGUAGCCAGGGGUGGUCAUCUUGGACCAUUAACUCAGUGGAGUUUGCAAAGAGUGAUAUUUUAUUUCUAUAAUUCUUUUUUCAUUACUUAGCUAGUUUUUUAGUCCAUUGCUGCUGCUAUAACUGAAUGCCAUAGAAUGAGUAAUUUAUAAAGAAGUAAACUUAUCUCCUACAGUUCUGAAGGCUGAAAAGUCCAAGAUUAAAGUACAAGCAUUGGUGAGGGCUGCUCCCUGCUUCCAAGAUGGUCCCUUAAAUACUGUGUCCUCCAGAGAGGAGGGAUACUUUGUCCUCACAUGGCACUGGGUGGAAGGCAGAAAGGACUAAACUCUUCCACCGUGCCCUUUUGUAACGGCAUUAGCCCUCAUGAGCUAACACCUGCUACAUGGUCUCUCCUCCCAGCACUGUCACAUUAGAGAUUAAGUUCCCAUCACAUACAUUUUGGACGAUACAUUCAAACCAGAACAGCCGGAAUAAUUCAAUAAAGAAAAUUCCUCCUGUACUUUUUGGCUAUCCAGUGGUACCAUUCUCAUAAGAGACAAGAGAAAUGAUGGUUUAUCCUUCCCACGUAAUCACCAGUGUGAAAUCAGUGGAUGAGUUCACUGUUAUUCAUCAACUGUUACCGAUUAAUAGCAUUGUGAACUCGAGGGUUGAAGCCUAUAAACUUGUUGCCAUUCUCUGUAGAGGCUCUUCUACUUAAUAUUCAAAUUAUCGUCUCCGAGUCCUGGGUUGUCCUCACUUGCUCUGCUGCCCUCUGAUCCAUGUGCUGCUCUUCUGAGGCCUGGUCAGCUUCUUUCUGGCCCCUGUGAAUGGAAGAAGGUUUGCGGAUCACUGUCCUAAAGCUGAAGGUGCUCUUUCCUGAUGCCAGGCCCAUCAGAUUUCUGGAUAGAGCGGGGAAGUCUUUGAAGAUGACAUCCGACACCCAACACAGGUCCAGCAGACGGAUUUGGCUGCAACGCUUGCAAUAGGGCUUGGUUUCCCAAUUCCAAAGGACAGUAUAGGGAGUCUUUUAUUUCCAGUUGUAGAAAGAAGACCAAUGAGAGAACAACUGAGAUUUUUACAUCUAAACGCAAUACAGCUUAGCAGAUUGUUGCAAGAGAAUGUCCCAUCAUAUGAAAAAGAUCCUGGAUUUGAGCAGUUUGUAAUGGCAGAAAAGCUCCAUGGGAAUUGGGUGAAGCUGCACUUAGAGGAGGACCGUUCUGGUGCGCUGCUCAACCUGGGGACUAAGGUGGCCAGGCAGUACCUGGGUGCGCUGAGGACCCUGAGCCUGGCACUAAGCACGCACGUGGCUCAGUAUGAUACCUACUCCAUGGCGGUGGGGACCAUCAUCGUUCUGGAGACUCUCAUCCUGCUCCUCCUCAGCAUCCCACAGGUGCUGCGCAGAAGGGCUGAGCUAGAAGUGCCACUGUCAUCUCCCGUGUUCUCUCUUCUCUUCUACCUGAUGUUCCUGGUCCUGUCGGCCAUCCAUGUAGUAGUAUGCACUUCAGCUGAGAGCUCCUGCUACCUCUGCAGCCUCCCAUGGCUGGCGGCAGGAGGCGUGAUGGUGCUGGUUUCUGCACUGCUCUGUGUGAUUGCGUCUGCAUUUGCCAGGAUGGUCAUGGACAGCACUUUCCUGCGGAAGGUACAGCAGAGUGCAGCCCACCCCUGCUCAGGAUGGUCAGAGGUGGGCCUCCUCCUCCUGCUGGGCACGGUGGGCCAUGUCCUGAGCCUGGGAGCCAGCAGCUUUGUGGAAGAGGAGCACCAGACCUGGUACUUCCUGGUCAACACACUGUGUCUGGCUCUGAGCCAGGAAACCUGCAGGAGCUACUUCCUGGGGGAUGACAGCAAGCUUCAGUGCUACUUCCACACAGAGCCAGGGACUGUGGGAGCCACCUGCAUGCGACAGGACUGCACAGCCUGUGAAGCCCCCAAGGCUGGCCAGGCGAGUAAAGGGCUCCCCUCUGGAGCACGCGGAGGCCACACACGCUGGGCAGUGCUAGCCGGGCCAUGGCUGGUACUGGCCUGCUGCCGACUGCUGCGGUCCCUGAACCACACAGGGGUCCAGGGAGCCCACCGGCCAGACCUCAGCCACUGGCUCACCAGCCCUAGUCACAGGAUGGAGCUCUCCUGCCUGGCUGCCCUCUCCCUGCUUGCGGUCUUCCUGCUGGCUCAGAGGGGGUGCUCCCCUGUGGUCAAGGUGGCCCUAGCGCUAGGGCUGCUGGGUGUCUUCUGCUAUCGGGCAGCUACUGGGAAUUUGCUGUUCCCAUGGCAACCAGCCAACAGAGGCAUUUCGAAGGGUAUUCUUGAAGCUCGUUUUGUUUAUGUCUUUGUCCUUGGCAUUCUGUUCAUGGGCACCAAAGACUUGCUUAGAUCUCAAGUCAUUGCUGCAGACUUCAAAGUCAAGACUGUAGGUUUGUGGGAGCUAUAUAGUGGAUUAGUUCUUCUGGCAGCAUUGCUCUUAAGACCACAUAAUCUUCCGGUGUUAACAUUUAGCCUCUUGAUCCAGACCAUCAUGACUAAGUUCAUCUGGAAGCCCCUGAGACACGAUGUAGCUGAGAUCACUGUAAUGCAUUAUUGGUUCGGUCAAGCAUUCUUCUAUUUUCAGGGCAACUCCAACAACAUCGCCACCAUCGACAUCUCAUCAGGUUUCGUGGGCUUAGACACCUACAUGGAAAUUCCAGCCACAUUCCUGACCGUGUUUGGGACGUAUGUGGGACCUGUGCUGUGGGCUGGCCACCUCGCACACUUCCUGAGUGCAGAAGCAAGUGGUGAUUCAGCAAUGGGCCGAGCUUGCUUCUGCUAUGCACUGAUCUGUUCUGUUCCUGUUGCCACAUACAUCAUUUUGGUGACAUCCCUGCGUUAUCAUCUGUUCAUAUGGAGUGUAUUUUCUCCAAAACUUCUCUAUGAGGGAAUGCAUCUGCUCAUCACAGCCGCCCUCUGUGUGCUCUUCACAGCCACGAAUCAGACUGGCCACACAAGCGCCUGGACGAAGACGGAUGCUAGAAACUAGUUUAAGUCAUGAACAGAAAGCUUUGGCCUUUAUCUUGAUGUGUGGGAUCUCAGCAAGCCCAGGACCGCUGUGAGCAGAGGCUCAAUUGAAGACAGUUGGAGUCUGCAUUUGAUCUGUUGUGACUUGUGCUUCAUUGAAGAACAAGAAGCCAACCAGCCUUACACAGAUCUCUGGGUGGAAAAAGGGCAGAGUGUCUGUGUUUGUGUGAGUCUUCUCUUCUGAUACAACACUUGGUCAUCCUUCUGUUCCCACUUACAAGCUUUCUAUGGAAUUACUGUCGUGAUUUGUGACAUAUAUAUUUUGUUCUGUAAUUUACACAACUGGUCGGUUUUGCCUCUGUAAGAAAUGACCCAUUGCUCACUCUUGGUCCUUCCCACAGCUAAAUUCUUUAAAUUCUUCAUUUUUCCCCCUAUUUGCAGGAUGGAUUUUAUGCCCUUGUAAUUUUUUCAGAAAAGACUCAAGAUGCUGAGUCCCUGAAUGUUCUUCUGCGUCCUGCUGGCAGAGUGGCCAGGUCAACAGCCUCUCCCCUGGGGCUGUGGGCACUGCUGUGCCUGGCGUCCCCUGUGGCUGUGCAUGACCCAAGACCAGACUGAGUGCCUCCCUCACCUGUGACUUGCUGUACUGUUUCUCCUUUUUCUUCUCCCCUCCAUCUCUCCCCUUUUUGCCUGCCUUCUUUCUUUUCUGCCUUUGUAGUUCUGGAUUUUACCUUUCCUCUCUCUUGUUUUCUGUGUAGUUAUUGUUAUUCAUUCCAUUCCAAAAAUUUCCUAGAAGAGUACUUCUUAAUGUACAAAUAUUUAAUACUUCAUUUACAAAUGUAUCAGAUUGUUAUCACUUUCUAAAAUUGUUCUUUUUUUAGUCACAGCAUGUCUCCCACUUCACAUCAGUAAUCCAUUAAAAUCUGACUUUAUGCUGAAA